GUUGAUUUGAAAGUUAACCCGGAGUCACGCACGCAGAACACCGUCAUCGCUGCUCAUCCACGGACGAAGGCUCAGCAAAAAGAAACCGGCGUCACUUGGCCGCAUUGUUAAGACCCUUCGGAGAAACCUACCUGGGACGAACCUAAUUCCGAUUCUCAGCAUUCGAACUUGCUCGCAGGUUUCAUCCCUCAUAUAGCCUUCCAUAUUUCAUAUUUGGUGUCUCUUCUACACAAGAAAGAAACUCCAGUGUUCUAUCAGCCAUUACAUAGGAGAAGAAGAAGCCGGAUAAGAACAAAAGCAAAAUGAAUGCUCCUGAUCGUUACGAGCGAUUUGUCGUCCCUGAAGGCGUUAAGAAGGUUGCAUAUGAGCGGGACACAAAGAUUAUCAAUGCUGCCACUUUAACUGUUGAGAGGGAAGACCACACCAUCGGCAAUAUUUUACGCAUGCAAUUGCACAGGGAUGUGAAUGUUCUCUUUUCUGGUUACAAGUUACCCCACCCUCUUCAGUAUAAGAUCAUUCUUAGGAUUCAAACAACAAGCCAGUCUUCACCAAUGCAGGCUUAUAAUCAGGCUAUUAAUGAUCUUGACAAGGAGCUGGAUCAUUUGAAAAACCAAUUUGAAACUGAACUGGCAAAGCACUCACAAGGAUUUUGAUCUGCUCUAACUUCAUUGGCGGUUUAUGAGGAACUGGAGCUUAGAUCAAUUAUUGAAAUGAUCAUUUUGGUCAUCUUAACUGGUGUUCAAGUUUAGUUCUAUGUGAUGAAAUAAUGUUGUGUUUAAACUUUAAACUAUAGCUAGAUACUAUCUAUUUAUACUUCUGA